AUGUCAAUUCAUGGUUUGCUAGUGACACAAGAGAAGGAGGGAGAAAGGUGUAGAAUGCACCACUUUGUUUUAAGGCGUCAAACUUCUCACACCCUCUCCAAUGAUGAAGCUUCUAAGAGAUGGAAUUCUUUGGAUGUAACAGCUGGAAUUCUUGGGAUCAAAGCUGAAGCGGCUCAAAACCAGGAAAAGCAUUUGAGACUCUGGAUAUUUGAGUGCAAAGAGCCAAGCCAUAACGCGUUUGUCCUAAGCGUAGCUGCUGCUACUCUUCUAUGUAUGGCUCAUGUUCACACUAAAUUUCUAGUCGCCAUGUUCUUAAUGAAGGGAAGCACUAUCAUUGUUUUCAAGAGAUUUGAAAGCAUAUUAUGUUGA